AUGUCAGAGGAUAUAAAUUUAGAUUUAGUAGACAUUGGAACGAUAAAAUUAGAUGUUUCAGGUGCUUAUAUAGCUAAUGAUCAUCUUUUAGGUAUUGAAAAUAACCUUUCUUCAAGUGCCAGUCCGGAAAAUAGUGAUCCUGAAGAAGAUCUUGAUAUUGAUUUAGGUAAUAGUACUGAAAGUACAGGAGAAUCUAAUGGUGGUGAAGAAGAAGAUGAUGAACAUGAUUUGACUAAGAAUAUCACCUUACCUUCACAUAAUGCUGAAGUGAUUCACAUAUCUGUUGAUAUUGGUGGAACUUUAACCAAAUUAGUUUAUUUCACUAAAAGUAAAAAGGUCAAUGAUAAACUUACAGGAGGAAAAUUACAUUUCAAAGAUUUCCAAACAGAAAAUUUCCCUAAUGAAGUAUUAAAGUUCAUGAUAAGAUUAAUAAGACGUUCAUUCAAUAAAUUGGAAUUACCUCCAAUUACUUAUAUCAUAGCUACUGGAGGUGGAAGUCAAAAAUUUUAUAAUUUAAUGACAAAGACAUUUUCCAAGAACAAAUUACCCAUGAAGAUCAUAGCUAAAGAUGAAAUGGAAUGUUUGAUCAAAGGAUUGGAUUGGUUCAUAACGAAAAUUCCUAACGAAAUCUUUAUUUAUGAUUUGGAAGAUAAUACCACCAAAUUCAUUUCAAGUCCAUACACCAAAGAUAAUCAAAUUUAUCCAUAUUUAUUAGUAAACAUCGGAAGUGGAGUAUCUAUGAUCAAAGUUGUAGGACCAGGACCUCAGGGGUUUGAAAGAAUCGGAGGUUCAUCAUUAGGUGGAGGUACAUUAUGGGGAUUAUUAUCAUUAUUAACUGAUGCCAAAGAUUAUAAUGAAAUGUUGGAAAUGGCCUCCAGAGGUGAUAAUGAAAAUAUUGAUUUAUUGGUGGGUGAUAUUUAUGGUACCAAUUAUAAUAAAAUCGGAUUAAAAUCAUCCCAUAUUGCUAGUUCAUUUGCUAAAGUAUUCAAAAAGUUAAGAUUCAAUAAUUCUAAAAAUAUGACAGCCGCAGAGAAAUUAUCCCAAUUUAAACCCGAAGACAUCGCAAGAUCAUUGUUAUAUUCCGUUUCCAAUAAUAUCGGACAAAUAUCUUACUUGCAUGCAUUAAAAUACGAUUUAAAAAGGAUUUAUUUUGGUGGAAGUUAUAUUUCAGGUCAUAAACAAACUAUUCAUACAUUAAGUUAUGCGGUGAAUUUCUGGUCAAAGGGAGAUAUGAAAAGUUAUUUCUUAAGACAUGAAGGUUAUUUAGGAUCCGUAGGAGCAUUUAUGAUGGGACCUAAUGGACCUGAUGUUAAAAAUUUAUGA